AUGAAUCGUUUGAAGUAUGUACUUGGUAUCAAUGUUCACCGUUGUAUACCAUCCAGUAAGAUCUCACACAAUUUUAUAUCACAACAAUUAGAUUGUAGAUUUUCAUGAAAAUUCUUCUAUAUUUGAGGAUAUAAUUUAGAAAAUUGUAUGACUUAAAAAUUUGAACUCUGUGUAGUUUUGUCGUUUCAAAUUUGCAAAGUAAAACUAUAAUUAAUAUUUUAUUGUAGUCUUUGACUCUCUUAAAUCAUCACUCAAGUUUCUAAAUUUCUUAAAUUUCUAGUCAAUAGAAGUAUCUUAGUCUAUUUUGUUCUUUCUUUUUCUAUUUUUCUUUUUGUUCAAAUCUUAUUUCAACUGAAAUCGUGUUUAAAGACGCUGCGACGCUUGAACAAGGUAUCAAAGGUAUGCACGGGAGGCAACAGUCGGACGUUUGCGUGUUAUCACGAUCCAAGAAGAUCAGCGACUUCAGGGACUGUCGUUACGCCGGACAAACGAGGAACGAAAUGACGCCCACGCUACAACGUGGCAAAAAUACGUCCCUGGAGAGAAUCGUUUCAGAAGAACCUGUCGAAGAAUGUCGUGACUCGACGGAUCACCUGAAAAAGUCACCUAAUGGUGAACGAGCCAACGAGCGAAUUGUCGAGGAACCGAUAGACCUGACGAGAAAGACAAAGAACUUGGACGUCUCGAGAGGAAUCGAAGGCACGAUCGAAAUGGAACGUACUCGGUCGUACGCGCAAAUGAUAGCCAGUUACAACGAUGCGAUGUACGAGCCGAAUUGCUCAGGUGUCUUGAAGGACAAUUCGAAUUCGUCCAUGAUCAAAGGGAUCCACAAAAGUCCCUUUACCACUGCGUCUUUAGUCUCUCCGAAGUGGAGGAACAAACCGAAAGGAUCAAGAGAUACGAACAGCUCAGCCAGCGGUCUAAACGAGACGUUCAAUCGAGACGUUAAAUUCAACAACGCGUCGUGCGCGACGCAUAUUCACUGUCGUUACGAUGACGACAAUCGAGACGAUGACGUGAUUGAGAACAACAACGAGGCUCAGAAGUCUCUGUCGUACGCGUCGAUGAUAGAAAGAUACAGCAAGGCGAUUGAUCUUAGCUUGGUUGAUAGUUGUGGCCGGCAUGGUAAUAUGCUACCUAAACGAUACGUGUCCACCAAGUUCGACGAAAUUCCCAUAAUCCUAACGAGCGAGAAGGACGCGAAUAAAAAGCCAAAUGUGACUGCGGAUGACGCGAAGGAGAAGGUCGGUGAUGACCAAGCUGAAGUCGAGAAAAACGCGCAGAGUGAGGAAACGAAAAUGGACGAAACAAUAGAGGAUCUGAAACGAAUCACCGCGAAGGCGGACUCGGGCGACAAAUGGAUGCUGCAGUCGGCGUACGAGCCUGCUUAUUGGCUGGACAGGGUGAUGAACGCGCAUAAGAAGAGGAUCAAAAACAGAAGGGAGACGUUUGAAAAAACAUCGGUCAAAGCUACUGCCAACGAACUCGCGAAUCCUGACACAAAGCCUGAUACGAUCGUUCAGGCCGACGAAACUAUAUCAAACAGCGAAACUGAAAGUACUAUGGCAUCGCAGAGAUCGUGGAGACACCAUUCCACGAAACCACCAGCUUCGAUUCCGCCAGCUUCGAAGCCACCCUCGCAAGAUGGACCUGGUGGCAGGUCCUCUAACCCUAUAGUAGAUUACAUCAGACGAGGACCGGUGAGUACAUCGCGCGCAGCGCCAACGAACCCGAUAAAGGAGCCGCAAAUCGAGCUGAGAAUGACGCCUUCGCAAAACGAGUCCGUGGUGUCUAUCAACAUGGACGAGGAGGCGGUGAAAGCAGCCGGUGGCAGCAAGGAGCAACUCUCGGUCGUGAUUUCCUCGAGGAGGGACGCAACUGGCAGAGCGGAGCCGCGUCCAGACUUCAGUUCGAUGCAGAUAUCCAUCAGCGAGACUACGAUACCGGUGAAGCAGAUCGAGUUCUCCAUCAACGGGAAGCCAGUGUCGGAGCUGAAGAGUAUUAUAGCUAGAGCGGACAGGCUGGACGUGCUCAGUUCGAUGGACAAGGUGGAGAUCAGGAUCCCCUCGAGGAGUCCAAAUACGGCGACUGAGCGGUCGACGAACGUCGUCGCGACGUCGUCGUCCAGCUCGAAGCCUGUGCUGAACUUGCAAAUCGCUGCGAAAUUCAACGAGCCACGGUUUGAACAGCCGCGAGACGCGGAGAUGAAGACGGACCCCUCUCACAUGCCACCGCCAACCGCACCUGUAACGCCUACGCCACCCACGCCACCAGCGCCUCCUGUGAAACCUCCCAGACCGCACAAUCUUUUCAUGCGAGAAGCGACUGAAAGCGGAGUGACAACGAACCAGGACGUGUCAGGCACGACGAACGCCUCGAGGGACGUCGCGACAGCUAAACAGGUCGAAAACAGCAUUUCCCAGAGAAGUGUCGGCGCUUCAUCGACACCGGGGGAGGAAAAGAUCUCGAAGAUCGUGAGCCCUAACGAGGCUGUCUUUCAGAACGACGGGAACACGCGGUCGAAUUCCGACGAGAAUGCAUCGAGUCGCCAGCCUCAGCAGCCGGCGAUGAACAACGAGGACAAGAAUCGAACACCGUCGAACGCGAUCCCCUGGUGGUCGUCCGAAGACUCGUUCAAGAAGAUUAAAAAGAAGGGUAACACGCCGAAAGGCGCGUUGGAAUCGAACGACACUGUUGCGUUAAUUCCGGUGCAGGACAGUCCGAGCGUGAAGGACGAGGAGAAAUUGACUACCGACUCUUCGAAGGUCGAUCCGACGAAAGUUGACACUCGACGUAGUAGGGACAUAGUACCAAAGAAACCGGUAGUUGAAGAGAAAAAGCGCGAUCAUCCUGAUCCGAUAGUUAAUUACGUUCGAGCGAAAAGUUCGCCGCGAUGGGUGCCCGUUAAACACGCCAGCGAGACGACGACAACAAGACCGAGAGACUCGAGUGGAGUGUUAAAGGGGCCGAGAUACCGUGUCAGAAGCAACCUUCAUGGUAGAGAAGUGACGGAAAAGGAUUCUGACAUGCCGACGAUUUCCAGAGUUCGUUGCGCGCCGAAGGUUGUUAAAUCCGUUCCCGCGAUCCCGCGAGACGCAAACUCGGGUGCAAGAUCUGUCGUCGAGAGCCAGAACAUGGAAAACUUGAAGCCCGUGGCGAAGGCAAACGCGAAGAUCGAGAAGCCAGUAGCGGUACGAGGGCCUGGCUCGCAGAUCGGCAAGGCAAAUGUACAGAAUUCAAACACAAUAUACAAAAAGGAGGGAGAGUUAAGUGCUAACGAAUCUGCUGAUGUUUCAGCAAAAGGAGAGAAGAAACGGAGCGACACAGACGGGGCAGUUGAAAAGAAUCUGCUGGUUAAACCGAUUGACGAGGACCCGCGAAUUAAGGAGAUUCUAAAGUCGAUGAAACCGAUUGAGAAGAGAGAGGAUGGCACGUUGAUCGACUACGGCGUGAUCGUGCCGUCGAGGAAACCAUCGGGGAAGGUGACAGAGAUUCCAAGAAUCCAGGCGAAAGCCUCUGACGGAAACACCGUGACGAAGGAGCUUGUGCAGAGUCGAGAGAAGAUCGUGGAGCCAGAGAAGAUACGUUCUGUGAACAAACUAGCCUCGAAAUUCGACGCCGCGAACAUCGAGAUAAAACACGAAACGAAUAAACCAAGGACAUUGACAAGUGAGAAGGCGAUGAACGAGGAGAAGAAAAAGAAAGUUUUAUCUAACUUUAAGAAGGAUGAUUUUAUUAAGAAGGAGGAAAAUAGAACUGAAAGUGCUUCUAACAGAGAUCGACUGCACAAACGAUUGAUUUCAGCGGAAAUUCCGGCGGAAUCUUCUGUAGAAGGCACACGAUCCAAUAACGAGCCUUUGAAAACUGUACAGAAAAGCGGCGAUACGAACGUUAAAUCGUCACUCUUGGAUAAAUCGAAGAACACGCUUCCUGGAAGCUCCGUUACGCCAGACGAAACGAAAGCUUCCGAGAAGAAGGAACCAAAGAGUACUUUAAAAUCGGUAGAGCAGAAGAAAGCAUCAUUAGAAACAACGAUCGGCGGUCCCUCGAAGAUCUCGGAUGAAACAGCAAGCAACGUUCCACUGAUGGGGACCAUUAACUUCCCUGGUUCACAGAAAUCAGGCGGCGACGCGGUGAAAAGCGAUAACACGUUCUCGAAGGAAUUACCUACUGGUGGUUCCAGGCAGAAACACCGAAAGAAUACGAAUGAUACUGGCGUUUCGCCGUUUAAAGGGACGAUUCAACUUCGACCUUCGGACAAUUUGGUGAGGUUAACUGACAUUGACAAGGAGAAAGUGAAUCCAGAGUUGGUCGAUCAGGGCGACAACUCUGCGAAGCCGAACGUGACGAAGAAACCAUCGAACAAAGGAGGAGGUGGCACAGGUUCGAACAGUCCUGCUGCAAUUUCUACAAAACCUACUAAACUGUCGACAGGCUCGAACGACUCAGAGCCACCGACUAGCCAUUUGAAGGAAACAUCGGGUCAAAGUAUCGUAACGGAGGAUAAAAAUGGCAAGAAAGUCGGAUCAUACGAGAAGGAGAGACCUGAGAAAAGUAUAUUGUACUCGUCAUGGUUGCAACGUUUCAAACAGAAUUUCCACGGUGACAAGACGAUUUGAAAGUUGGAGAUGUUUUCAUCGCUGAAUGUGGUUUGGAAAUUAUUCCCUGGAUUUAUAUCGGAGGAUUUUGAUUUACUUCGAACGCGAUUGCAUUUGAUACGGUAUGACAAGUAUUUUUGUACAUUUAUUAACUUUCGUGCUUUAUUGUAUUUUAUAUCAUUAUUUUGUUAUUAUAGCAAGCUGUGUUAAUAUAGAAAAAAAAUUGUCUAUGAUUUAAAAUAAGUUUGUAUUCAUUGCUAAAUACGGAAUUGCAUUAUAUAUUUUCGAUUUAUAUUUUAGAUCGAGUUACUGACUAAAAUGCGGUAG